GUCUCAGUGGCUUGCUCCGGCCUCCCCACCAACCUCUCGUCGAUAUCGACGGUAAACUCCCAAUUCCCAUUCUCUUUAAAUCUCACGAUUCCUCCCCUACUUUCUUUCAUCUGGUCACCGUUCAAUGCUUCAGCGUACUCGUGUUUAAUUUCAUCCCACGUUUCGAUCUAUCCGUGUUCACACCAUGUCUUCCUCAACACCCGAACUCCCUGCCAAUGUGCACAUCUCCCAGCACCCCUGUCUCCGGGCGAAGCUGUCCCAAUUACGGUCUCAGUCGACGCCGGCGAGGGAGGUCAAGACGCUGGUGAAUGAUAUCGCGUUGAUGGUGGCAUACGAGGCCCUCGCUGCCUCAACGAAAGCCACAGGUGGAUCAAAGGACACUACCCCGCUAGGAUUCGACUUCACCUCAACCACAAUCUCCCCCUCCAGCCUCUGCCUCGUCCCCAUUCUGCGAUCAGGUCUCGGCAUGGUAGAAGCCGUCCAAACAAUCCUCCCCACUCCCGUAGCAGUCCACCACCUAGGCCUCUACCGCGAACCCUCGACCCUCGAGCCCGUAGAAUACUACAACAAUCUCCCCAACCACGUCUCCCCCGAUGGCUCCAACUCGGGCGCCUCCGAGCUCGCCAUCGUCCUCGACCCCGUCAUCGCCACGGGCGGCACCUGCGCCGCCGCCAUCCAGACCCUCCGCGAGUGGGGCGUUAAGCGCAUUGUCGUCCUCUCCGUCAUUGGCGCCGCCGAGGGCGUCAAACGCGCUGCAAGCGAGUGGGCCGACGCGACGGAUAUCUAUAUUGCCGGCGUGGACGCCGAGUUGACUUCGAAUGGCAUGUUGAAGCCUGGUGUUGGUGAUGUUGGCGAUCGGUUGUUCCUUACUAUUGGAAAAUAAAAGGCUGCUGCUGAUACCCGGGGCGACCCGGGGUUUGGAGAUUCGCUAUUUUGGCCCUUGAAUUUAAAACUCACCUCAUACUGGACGACGGGUCAUGCAUGGCACUGA